GUUUAUCAGUCUGAAGAGGUUUAUGAUUUAAAUAAUCGGCCAAAAAGAUUUUAAAAAUGGGCCAUACGGCAAAGAAAUACCAAACCAAAAUUGAAGAAUUUCAAUCCUACUUUAAAAGUCAUAAUAAAUAUAAAGAACAUGUUGGUCAUUCCUCUAAAGUCCAUUCUGUGGGUUGGAGUUGUGAUGGCAAGAGGUUAGCAUCAGGAUCUUUUGAUAGAUCUGUUUGUGUAUAUACAUUGGACAGGGAUAGACUGAACAAGGAAUAUGUGUUCAAAGGCCAUGGAGGAUCAGUUGACCAGCUUUGUUGGCAUCAGUCUCAUCCAGAUCUUCUUAGUACUGCCAGUGGUGAUAGAUCUGUACGAAUCUGGGAUACAAGAGUUCAAAAAUGUGUCAAUACUAUUAUGACAAAGGGUGAAAAUAUCAACAUAACUUGGUCUCCAAAUGGCAAUUCUAUAGCAGUAGGCAACAAAGAAGAUUUGGUUACUUUUAUUGAUGCUAGAACCUACACUAUACAGGCCGAGGAACAGUUUCAUUUCGAAGUAAAUGAGAUAUCUUGGAAUAAUACCAGCGAUUUAUUUUUCUUGACCAAUGGUCAAGGAUGUGUUCAUAUUUUAAGUUACCCCGACCUAAAACGUCAGCAUAUUUUGAAGGCCCAUCCAGGAACUUGUAUUUGCAUCGAAUUUGAUCCAACAGGAAAGUACUUUGCUACCGGAAGUGCUGAUGCUUUGGUAUCUUUAUGGGAUAUAAAUGAAUUAGCGUGUAAACGAGUCUUUACAAGAAUGGAUUGGCCCGUCAGAACAAUUUCAUUCAGCCAUGAUGGACAGCUAUUAGCUUCCGCCUCAGAAGACUUAAUAAUCGAUAUCGGAUUUGUCGAAACUGGAGAUAAAAUAGCCGAUAUCUCAGUGGAAUCUGCGACGUUUACAGUGGCGUGGCAUCCAUCCAGUUAUCUUUUAGCCUAUGCUUGCGACGAUAAGGACAGUUACGAUAGAAAAAGAGAUGCUGGGAGCUUAAAAGUUUGGGGUUUUUCUAACGAUUAGAUUUUAUGUACAUUAUAAAUAUUUUUAAAAUAAACAUUAGUAUUUUUUAAGGAA